GUGUCACGUACCGACACAAGAGGAAGAAAGAUAAUGAAUCUUGAAAGAUAAUGAAUAUACUCAAUCUAAUGAACCCAAUUCCCAAAUGAGUAUGGUAUUGAGGCUUGAGUCCUCAUGUGUGAACUUAGUGGAAAUUGUUAAUGAUAUAGUACUCGUUGUUGCUACAUGUUAAGCAUCAUAGUUGAUUUUAUGAUAUUACUUGAUAUAUAUUAUCUUCUAUUUUGAGUUGGCCGAUGAUAUCUACUCAGUACGUGUGGUUGUACUGACCCCCUACUUUUAUGUUUUCUUCUUUGUUAUUUGUGGAAUGCAGCGAACGUUCCGUCAACUUCAACUCAACAGUAGAUCUAGCCAGUCUUCACUACCUUCGGAAAUUCAGGAUGGUUAGAACUAGAGCAACGACCGCACCAGCAGCAACAACGGAACGACAAGAAACGUCUGAGCCAGCCACUGGGGCUGUGGCUCGAGGGAGAACAGCGGCAAGAGGCCGUGGUAGAGGUCGUGGGAGGACGUCCUCUAGGGGAAGAGGACGAGCACCUAGUCCAUCUGAGGCUAGGGCAGUGACUCCUCCACCGACUGAGGAGGUAGUAAGAGAGGGUGAGGAAGGGGAAACUGAACAAGAGCAGAAUGAGGAAAUGCCACCCCAACCUACCCCAGAGAUGAUCAACCAGGUACUUGCUUAUCUUAGCGGGUUAUCCGAUCAGGGUCAGGCACCUCCAGUGGUUUCUGCACCAACACCUCCGGUUUCAGAGAUACGACAUGCGGCUACUAUGGCUCCCCGCAUGGAUGCAUCAUUGGGAAUAGGCACAUUUCCACGUCUGACUACUGGGCCUAUUAUGACAAAUGAUCAGCAUGAACUUUUCAGUAAGUUCUUGAAAUUGAAACCUCCAGUCUUUAAGGGCGCAGAAUCAGAGGAUGCCUACGAUUUUCUGGUUGAUUGUCAUGAGCUACUACACAAGAUGGGUAUAGUAGAACGGUUUGGCGUUGAGUUCGUGAGCUAUCAGUUUCAAGGGAACGCCAAAAUGUGGUGGCGGUCACAUGUUGAGUGUCAACCAACAGAGGCACCACCUAUGACUUGGGAAUCAUUCUCUAGCCUGUUUAUGGAGAAGUAUAUCCCAAGGACUUUGAGAGAUAGAAAAAGGGAUGAGUUCUUGAGUCUCGAGCAAGGUAGGAUGACGGUUAACGCAUAUGAGGCCAAAUUCCGUGCAUUAUCCAGGUAUGCCACCCAACUUUGUUUCAGUCCACAAGAACGGAUCCGCCGUUUUGUGAAGGGGUUGAGGUCAGAAUUGCGGAUUUCAGCCUUACAGAUAGCGGCAACGGCAACAUCCUUCCAAGAGGUGGUAGACUUUGUGAUAGAGGUGGAAGGAGUGAAACCAGAUGACUUCACCACGACAUCGACAUCAAAAAGGUUUCGAAGGGGAGGUGAGUUUAAUGGUUCUUACUCUAGAGGACAGAGCUCCGGAGGUCACUCAGUUCGACCAAUUCAGUCUUCACUACAGACUGUAGUUGGGGGUCCACCUCAGACCGGCCAACACUUCUCUGAGAGGCCGAUGCGUGAACCCAGAGAAUGUUAUGGAUGUGGGGAGAUUGGACACAUUAAGAGGUAUUGUCCAAACCAGAGUUACAGAACCCCACUAGCUAGAGGUAGAGGUGGUCAUGGUAGAGGCCGUUAUUCUGGAGGGCGUGGUGGCCGAGGUAACGGUGGUCACCAAAACGGCAGAGGUGAUGGGCAAACUGGAGCCCCUACAUCACAACAUGGUAGGGGCAACGGGCAAACCAACGAAAGGGCCCAUUGUUAUGCUUUCCCUGGGAGAUCGGAGGCGGAGACAUCUGAUGCUGUUAUCACAGCGAACGUUCCGUCAACUUCAACUCAACAGUAGAUCUAGCCAGUCUUCACUACCUUCGGAAAUUCAGGGUGAGCUAACGCGUCUAGCUUGGACUGGGUCUUCUUCUUCAAGUCUUGAUGCCUUGAACUUCCGGCAUGGACUAGCUUUUUAGUUAUUUUUGUUCUUAGACAUUCUUAGUUUAGUAAUU